AGUAGUACCUCUACCAGUAGUAGUACCUCUACCAGUAGUAGUACUCCUACCAGUAGUAGUACCUCUACCAGUAGUAGUACCCCUACCAGUAGUAGUACCCCUACCAGUAGUAGUACUCCUACCAGUAGUAGUACCUCUACCAGUAGUAGUACCUCUACCAGUAGUAGUACCUCUACCAGUAGUAGUACCUCUACCAGUAGUAGUACUCCUACCAGUAGUAGUACCUCUACCAGUAGUAGUACCUCUACCAGUAGUAGUACCUCUACCAGUAGUAGUACCUCUACCAGUAGUAGUACUCCUACCAGUAGUAGUACUCCUACCAGUAGUAGUACUCCUACCAGUAGUAGUACUCCUACCAGUAGUAGUACCCCUACCAGUAGUAGUACCUCUACCAGUAGUAGUACCUCUACCAGUAGUAGUACCCCUACCAGUAGUAGUACUCCUACCAGUAGUAGUACUCCUAGUAGUAGGAACUAUUGACGGGAUUCUUCAAUGAAAUGUUUGUCAUUCAACAAGUAGCCUCUGCUGAGAUGUUUUCAGGAGAAAUGGAAAGAGGGCAUUAAUAACCAACCAAUACCAUCUCAUCUCUGCCUCCACAUUUACCUGAAUUGGUUGACCAGUGCAGAAGAGAACCUCCCUCGACACUGUUUUAUUCUCCUGGUAAAGACCCGGGAUGUUGAUUCAGGCCUGUUCUAUUCUCCUGGUAAAGACCCGGGAUGUUGAUUCAGGCCUGUUCUAUUCUCCUGGUAAAGACCCGGGAUGUUGAUUCAGGCCUGUUCUAUUCUCCUGGUCUUGAUGUAGUUUCAGGCCUGUUCUAUUCUCCUGGUAAAGACCCGGGAUGUUGAUUCAGGCCUGUUCUAUUCUCCUGGUAAAGACCCGGGAUGUUGUUUCAGGCCUGUUCUAUUCUCCUGGUAAAGACCCGGGAUGUUGAUUCAGGCCUGUUCUAUUCUCCUGGUCUUGAUUUAGUUUCAGGCCUGUUCUAUUCUCCUGGUCUUGAUGUAGUUUCAGGCCUGUUCUAUUCUCCUGGUAAAGACCCGGGAUGUUGAUUCAGGCCUGUUCUAUUCUCCUGGUAAAGACCCGGGAUGUUGAUUCAGGCCUGUUCUAUUCUCCUGGUAAAGACCCGGGAUGUUGAUUCAGGCCUGUUCUAUUCUCCUGGUAAAGACCCGGGAUGUUGUUUCAGGCCUGUUCUAUUCUCCUGGUCUUGAUGUAGUUUCAGGCCUGUUCUAUUCUCCUGGUAAAGACCCGGGAUGUUGAUUCAGGCCUGUUCUAUUCUCCUGGUAAAGACCCGGGAUGUUGAUUCAGGCCUGUUCUAUUCUCCUGGUAAAGACCCGGGAUGUUGUUUCAGGCCUGUCUUUGACAGCUGCUAUGUUCGGUGUUCAACGAGCGACGAUUCGUUUUCAUGCACAUGUUUUCACUGAGAAAUACAGCACUAAACAUCUGUUAGAUUGGGGAAAUACUGCACUAAACAUCUGUUAGAUUGGGGAAAUACAGCACUAAACAUCUGUUAGAUUGGGGAAAUACAGCACUAAACAUCUGUUAGAUUGGGGAAAUACAGCACUAAACAUCUGUUAGAUUGGGGAAAUACAGCACUAAACAUCUGUUAGAUUGGGGAAAUACAGCACUAAACAUCUGUUAGAUUGGGGAAAUACAGCACUAAACAUCUGUUAGAUUGGGGAAAUACAGCACUAAACAUCUGUUAGAUUGGGGAAAUACUGCACUAAACAUCUGUUAGAUUGGGGAAAUACAGCACUAAACAUCUGUUAGAUUGGGGAAAUACAGCACUAAACAUCUGUUAGAUUGGGGAAAUACAGCACUAAACAUCUGUUAGAUUGGGGAAAUACUGCACUAAACAUCUGUUAGAUUGGGGAAAUACAGCACUAAACAUCUGUUAGAUUGGGGAAAUACAGCACUAAACAUCUGUUAGAUUGGGGAAAUACUGCACUAAACAUCUGUUAGAUUGGGGAAAUACAGCACUAAACAUCUGUUAGAUUGGGGAAAUACAGCACUAAACAUCUGUUAGAUUGGGGAAAUGGUGCAACUAAGACUUCCUCUGCAAAAAAAGUCAACAUUUAUUUACAGAUUUCUUGAUAUAUCUCAGAUUAAUUUGACCGGUUUUGAGGGAAGUGUUACUGGGUAUGUUGCUACGGUGGCUCAAGAGGGACAAAGCACAGUGUAGAUUCACUCCCCCCCCCCCCCCCCCCCUCCUAAUUUUUCAAGUGAUGUUCAUUAAGGCAUAUGUGAGCAGAUGUUUUGUUUAGCCGUGCAGAGUUCUGCUAGAAGAUAACCGACCCUCUAUGCAGAAGCCUUCAUCAGUUAAGUGGAGGAAAGUGCGACCACAAUACAGCGUCUGCUGCUAUAUGCUAAGGAUUUCCUGUAGCGCUGGGUGGGAGUGGACCUAUAUCUUAAUACUUGUGGGUUUUGCUGUGUGUCAGGGGCUGCUGCUGGAGCAAUGAUUCGCUGUCAUAUAGUGUAUUCAUUUGGUGUGUGGGGGUGGGGGGGUUCAAUGCUUUAUUUAACACUGAACAAAAAUAUUAAAAAAAAAAAAAAACGCAACAUGUAAAGUGUUCACCCCAUGCUUCAUGAGCUGAAAUAAAAAAUCCCCCGUUAUUUUUCCAUACACACAAAGCUUAUUUCUCUAAAAUGUUGUGUGCAAUUUUGUUUGCAUCCCUGUUAGUGAGCGUUUCUCGUUUGCUAAGAUUAAUCUAUCCACCUGACAGUUGUGGAAUCUCAAGAAGCUGAUUUAAAAUGGCAUGAUCAUUACACAGGUAUAUAUAUAUACACUACUCCACGGCCUGGACAAGGGGAACUUUUUCAACAUAUCACAUGUCAGUGGUUGAAAUGAAGCAGCUAUAUUGAACAGUGAUUGGUUUGGCUUGGUGAUAGUAAUAGUGACUGCAUGGGGUUCUAUUAUGCUUAGACUAGGAGGAGACCAUGUGACCUGACCAUGUGACCUGACCAGGAAACACUGGCCCUAUAUGACAGUGUUUCCCUCCUCCAGUACCUCCACUCAUUUUUUGUUGUUGGCCCAGAUGACAAAUUCCCCUGGUUCAACUAAUUGAGGACUUGAUGAAGUUGAAUCGGUUGUGCUUGUUUGUGGCUACAACAACAAUGUGUUAUUUUGUAGGACUGGAGGUGGGAAACGUUACUAUAUGGCUACCAGUGGCGGAAAAAGUACUAAAAUCUCAUUCUGUAGUAAAAGUGAAGAUAUUUUAAUAGAAAGUUACUCAAGUAAAAUUUUGUCAUCCCGUAAAAUACUACUUGAGUAAAAGUAUUUGGUUUUAAAUAUACUUAAGUAUCAAAAGUAAAUGUAGUUGCUAAAAUAUACUUAAUAAGUAUCAAAAGUAAAAGUAUGAAUAAUAAAAAAAUGUCCUUAUAUUAAGAAAACCAGAUGGCACAAUCUUCUUGUUUUUUAUUUUCGCAUAGCAAGGGUCACAUUCCAACAUUUAGACAUAAUUUAAAAACAAAGCAUUGGUGUUUAGUGAGUCCACCAGAUCAGAGGCAGUAGGGAUGAGCAGGGAUGUUCUCUGUUUAGUGAGUCCUCCAGAUCAGAGGUAGUAGGGAUGAGCAGGGAUGUUCUCUGUUUAGUGAGUCCUCCAGAUCAGAGGCAGUAGGGAUGAGCAGGGAUGUUCUCUGUUUAGUGAGUCCUCCAGAUCAGAGGCAGUAGGGAUGACCAGGGAUGUUCUCUGUUUAGUGAGUCCUCCAGAUCAGAGGCAGUAGGGAUGAGCAGGGAUGUUCUCUGUUUAGUGAGUCCUCCAGAUCAGAGGCAGUAGGGAUGACCAGGGAUGUUCUCUGUUUAGUGAGUCCUCCAGAUCAGAGGCAGUAGAGAUGACCAGGGAUGUUCUCUGUUUAGUGAGUCCUCCAGAUCAGAGGCAGUAGGGAUGACCAGGGAUGUUCUCUGUUUAGUGAGUCCUCCAGAUCAGAGGCAGUAGGGACGACCAGGGAUGUUCUCUGUUUAGUGAGUCCUCCAGAUCAGAGGCAGUAGGGAUGACCAGGGAUGUUCUCUGUUUAGUGAGUCCACCAGAUCAGAGGCUAGAAGGGAUGGCCAGGGAUGUUCUCUGUUUAGUGAGUCCUCCAGAUCAGAGGCAGUAGGGAUGACCAGGGAUGUUCUCUGUUUAGUGAGUCCUCCAGAUCAGAGGCAGUAGGGAUAACCAGGGAUGUUCACCUGAUAAGUAUGCGAAUUGGACCAUUUUCUGUCCUGCUAAGCAUUCAAAAUUUACUUUUGUUUGUCAGGGAAAAUUUAUGGAGUAAAAAGUACAUAAUUUUCUUUAGGAAUGUAGUGGAGUAAAAGUCAAAAAUAUAAAUGGUAAAGUACAGAUACCCCCAAAAAACGACUUAAGUACUUUCCACCACUGAUGGGUGUUUUGACCCAGGUAGGGAGAGUGUUUUAUAACUCCUUGCACGACAGUAUGACACAGGGGAAACUAACUGGCAAUAAUAUUUGCUGACUUGAAAAUUUGAAAUGUGUACAUUUAGCUACAUCAAAUGUUGCCUACCUUCUCCAAGUACAACAGAGCUUUACUAUGGUUCUGUCUAGGUGGGAUACAGACUUUUAGGUGAGAUAAAGACUUAUGAAAAGGGUUAGCUAAAAUGCUCUCCUAGCCUGCUAUGAAAAGUCAGUUCCUGGUUGUAGCUGUACUCCAUCUUGUCCAGGGUUUUCCCAAACUCUUUUUUUUUGUUGCUUUAGCUCUACACAGCUGAUUCAAAUAAUCAACGAAUCAUCAAGCUUUGAUCAGUUGGAUCAACUGUGUAGUGUUUAUGGGGCAAAACCCAAAAUGUGCAUCCAUUGGGGUCCCCGAGGACCUUGGGAAACGUUGAUCUAGUCACAGCACUGUAUUAUUGUCUUGUUUAUUUAUUUAUUUUUUUAUUUUUAUUUUUUUAUCCCAUUUUCUCCAAUUUUCGUGGUAUCCAAUCGCUAGUAAUUACUACCUUGUCUCAUCGCUACAACUCCCGUACGGGCUCGGGAGAGACGAAGGUCGAAAGCCAUGCGUCCUCCGAAGCACAACCCAACCUAGCCGCACUGCUUCUUUAACACAGCGUGCCUCCAACCCGGAAGCCAGCCGCACCAAUGUGUCGGAGGAAACACCGUGUACCUGGCCCCCCUUGGUUGGCGCGCACUGCGCCCGGCCCGCCACAGGAGUCGCUGGAGCGUGAUGAGACAAGGAUAUCCCUACCGGCCAAACCCUCCCUACCCCGGACGACGCUAUGCCAAUUGUGCGUCGCCCCACGGACCUCCCGGUCGCGGCCGGCUGCGACAGAGCCUGGGCGCGAACCCAGAGACUCUGGUGGCGCAGUUACCUACUGUAUUAUUGUCUUGACUCACUGUGUGAAUCCCUUCCCUAGUUGGUGAUGUACUGUGACGUAAAAUAAAUUGCUGGAAAUUUAAUGGGUAUAAAAUAUAAAGUGAAAUUUACUAAUCA